AAUAAUUAAAUAAUAAUUACAGAGAUAAUUAAGGAUCCUAAUCAAAUCAUAUCAAAUCAUAUCCUUAGAAUCAGUUAGGAUUAGCAAAUAAGUCAACACUAUUAAUGAGAUAAGCUACGGUUAACACUGUAUUUCCCCAAUAGGUUUUUAGAAGAUUUAUGGUGAAAAGGAGAGAUUUGGUCAUUUCCAACGAGUGCUCUUUUUUUUUUUUUUUUCAACAAUAUCAUUUUGGAUACUAAUGUAAGGACAACUAGUUUGAUGUAGUAGAAAGAUCUGUCUAUUUCCAACAGGUGCCUUUUUUUUUUUCAGCAAUAUCAUUUUGGACAAUAAUGUAAGGACACCUAGUUUGAUGUAGUAUCCCAUUAGACUCUAGAUAAAUAGAAAAACAACUAUCCAUGUACUAUAUGCCAUUCUCAGUUUUCAAAACUUUUAUCUUAACAUCAACUUGAGUACAAAUCAUCUUGUAAAAAGAUUAAAAGCAAGAAACCACAUCACUUUUUCCUUUUAUCAAAUAAAUCCAAGUUAUGCGAGUGCAGUAAUCAAUAAAAGUAACAAACCAACGAUUACCAGAUAAUGAGACCGUUUGAGUAGGUCCUUAAAUGUCAAAAUAGAUAGUCACAAAAGGAUCGUACUUCUAUUGUUACUUGUGGGAGAAGAGGCUUUUAUAUGUUUAGCAUAUUCACAAGCAUUACAAACUAAAAAAUCAUGCGCCUUAGAAAAUAAAUUAGGAUAAAGUUUCUCUAAAAUAAAGAAUGAUGAGUGUCCUAAUCGUCGAUGCCAUUGUAAGAUUUCCUAGUUCACAUCCUGAUUUCUUCCAAAAAGAGCUCGAGGUGAAGUUAAACCCAAUUUUCUUUCCAAUAUAUAUAAGCAAUUGUGUAAUCUACUAUAGCCAAUUUUCUUCCUAGUUUAAAGGUCCUAGGUCUUGAAUAACACACUAGUCAUAAAAAAAAACUCAAUUUUACAGUUAAGAGUUUUAAUAAGAGCCUAACAGAUAAAAGGUUAAUAGGGAAACGAGGAAUGUAGAGAACAGAGGAUAGUUUAAUAUUGGAAGUACUAACAAUUGAUCUGGUUCUAGAGAUAGGAACGAAAGAACAAUCGGCUUUUCAGACUGUGUCCUUUUGUAGAUAUGGAAGGUAAAUAAGGAAGCGUUUAGAGGAGUCUGUCAUGUGUCUAUUUGCAUUAGAAUCAAUAAUCCAUGGAGCACUAACAAGGAACGACAUGUUAGAAAACAACAACAAACAACCACAACAACGGAAAAGAGAUUGCCCAACUAAAACAAAACCUAUCAACACCCUACUUAGCAAAGAAUUCUUUUUGCUUCUGCCAUAAAUGAGAGCAGCAAAAAAGCAAAAGGAUUACCCAAACAGCUGCAACAGGAGGCUGCCCGCACCAACAAAAUACCCAAUCAACACUAAAUCCAGCAAGAAACAAUAGGAACAGGCCGGAAAGAGAGGUCUAGAGGCAACGAUGAGGUUCGGGCGUGAAGAUCUACCUCGGAAACAAGCUCAUGUGCUGAGGGAGGGUGGUGUGUGAGUCACACGCGCUGAGAUUUCGACUAUCGGAGGCUGGCAGAUGGUCGACGAAGGGGCUGCGACUCCAGUGGAGUAGGCGGUGAUGAAAAAUGAUGGGUCUAGGUAGGUGAGUAUGAAAUUUAGUUAUCUAGGAUUUUGAAAGUCUAAAAUUGAACUGGAAUCCUAAAUCAGGCAAAAGCUAUGAUACCAUGCAUAAUUUUGGGGGAAAUUUUUAAUUCUAUUCUAAUUGAAUUGAUUUUUACAAGGUUUGAGAAUUUAUACAUAAAGAAUCAACCUAAUUUAGGAAUAUUUAUAAUAAAAAUAAAAUCCUAUAAUCAAGCCUACAAAUAAAAUCCUUAUAAUCAAGUUUAGUUAGAAUCCUAAAAGUCUAAAUCCUCCUAAUUAGGAAUCUUCUAUGUUAGUCAAUAGUUUUGCUUUUUUUAUUAUUACAGUUUGUUGAGGGUGUUUCCUCAAUAAGUUUAUUUGAUAUUUUAAUAUUUACUUGGAGAUCGUGAAAAUAGAUUCAGUCCAAUGCAAAAGAAGAACAACAUACAUCUAGCCUUGUUAGAGGCUGCAAUGUAGGAACUGUAGUGCAUUGGGGUUUGGAACACCCUUUUCCUCGAAAUAAGACUUGUUAAUAUGCUGUUGUAAUGGAAUUUGAAUAUGCCAUACAUUGUCUUCAAAUGCUUGUAAUUCAAUCUUUUUUGCGUCGGUGAGACUUUUACUAAUUGUAGUUCCUUAUCAUGAUUUAUGAAAGGAAUAGUGACCCAAAAAGGCCAAACCCUUUUGGGUUUCUCUUAAUUUUAUCUUCAACUUUUAUUUUGGCAAUUGUAUCUCAAUUACAAAAGCUUGCAAUUGUAUCCAAAAAAUUUUGCCUACUUAGUUCUACUUUGUUUCCAACUUGUCCAUGCCUCCAUUGCCACCCACUAGGAUCCAAUCCUACCACUAUCAAAAACACCUCCGAAGAUUCAUAUUUACACCCAUUGGACAUUGAACAACAUCAAGAUUUGGUGGUGGUGAGGUUAAGAAGUGGGUGAAGAAAACCACAUGAUAUGGCCAAAUAGCUAAAAAUUUUGAUGUACAAUGGGCUUCAAAAUGAAACUUGGUGAUACAAGCACAAGAAUGACAUGAUUCUUCAAUGACAAGUUGUGGAUUGAAUUAUUUACUCUUCAAAGAUUUAAUAUGGGAAGCUCCAAAUCAUGACAAGUCAAUUACUCAACCUAUGAUAAGGAGUUAUAUGCCUUAGUGAGAGCACUGGACGUGUGGCAACACUAUCUCUUGCCCAAGAAGUUUGUGAUACAUACGGAUCAUGAGUUCUUAAAGUACUUGAAGGGACAAUGCAAGUUGAAAAAGACGCAUGGUCUUCCGGGUGAGGCACUAUAGGGGCCCCUGCAGAUGUAUGUUCACAAUCAAAUGGCUUCACCAAAAUUUUGAAGAUGGAAUCAAAGUCCCAUCUAGUUCAAUCAUGAAAUUGUCCACGAAAAGCAUCACUGUCUACCCAACUGUUGCGGUGUUAUUGAAAUCUGAAAAACAUGUGAAAUCUUCUGGUCCACCUCCAUAUCUGAUUGAGGAUAGAAACUAUGACAUGGACCUAAGUAAAAUGGUAGAAAAACAAAUAAAAAAUAUCAGCAAUUCAGCUGAUCUAUCCGAGUCAGAAAUUACCAAACCAACUCAUGUGAGGAUUGGACAAGCCUCUGCACGCAACAGCAUAUUAGAUAAAAAGGAAAGCUGCAAGGCCGUUGCUGCAGCCAAAAUAAGCAUUCCAUGUGCUAAAGUUCCUUGCGACCAGAAGACUCCAGUGAGAAGAACAACCAGGAGGUCCAGUAAUCUACAUGUGGUAGCAGAAGUUGAGGAUCCACCAAUGUUCACUUCAUCCAUUGAAGAACGUUCAGAAUAUAGGUCACAUCUCAGUCCACUUGCUGCUUGUGCAGCUCUUGCCUCACGAGUGCAAAUUACUCCAAAGAGUGUUGCAAUAGGUGGAACUAGCUUGUUCAAUCCAUUUAUCGGUGACAAGGUUAUUAUGAAGGACAAGUUUUCAACAGAUGUAUUGGCUACUCCUUUUCCAGUUGUUUCGGAACCUGUUGAGAUGGUAAAAUCACACAUUUUAACUCGUCGGAGUGGUUCACCAAAGUCGCAGCUUGCAGGAUUGUCCUCUGAAACAAAGAAUCUAGAAUUGACAAAUGAAGAUAAGACCUCAGAAUGCACCACAGGUAGAAGAAGUCGGUCCAAGUUAAACGAGACCAUGAACUCAGCAAAUCAGAAUGAUAGUGGAAUUUCAAAUGGCAAUAUGCAGAUCAAGAACAGUGCUGAUGACCUAAAGUUAAGGACUUCAACUGGUGGAAAAAGGGUUACUCGUUCAGCACUUCGUAGAGAAAAAGAAAAUCUAGCUAAGUCAUCACAGGAUAAAUCAUCUCAUACAACUGUGGAUGAUUAUUCUGAAGGAAAUCUUGCAGUUACUGAAAUUUCCAAUGACAAUAUUCAGAUAAAGUCCUCUGCUGAUGCUCAGAAGUUAAGCGCCUCUACCAACAGGAAAAGAUUUACUCGUUCUGCACUUCAACAAGAAAAGGAAUAUCUAGCUUUGGAAGCACAGAGUAGGUCGACUCAAGUAACAGAAUCAAAUUACUCCGAAGAAAAAGGUGAUAUAUCUAAGAAGAGUGGCUGUACAGCAAAAAGGAAAAAAACAGUUACUUCAUCUCUUGAUAGUGAAAGUGAUAAUCUUGGCGGCAGGAGUGAAGAGCAGGCACCUAUUUUUGUCCAAACCAACCAGCAAACUGCAGGUGGAGGUUUGGACAAGGUAGAUAUUCAAGGCCAGACGAAGAAAUUAAUUUCUUCCAAAAGGCAAUCGCAGCAGGUUUCUCUCCAUAAUCAUCUUCCUAGGACUCGCUCUCAGACCAAGUCUCACCUUAGCGUAAAUAUGGGAACCAGAAAAAACUGAUUUCCUGUUUUUGUUAUAUAAUAGUCUUGUAUCGCUAAUUGCUUCUUAGGAGGAAGGUGGGAAUCAAGAUUUUACAAGCUAUACGUAGCACAUAUAACCCAAUGAAUUGUGUUUCCACUAAAUGGAAAUCGAUGCGAUGGGAAAAUGCAGAUGAAAAUGAUAAUGAAACUUUUGCUCCUGAAAUCUCUUAUGUUUCCCAUGGUUUUAAUAGGAAUUAUGAUAAUGUGUUUGUAAAUUGUAACAUCAUUUUGAAGUUUGUAUAUUGAGAUUUUUGGGCAGUUAGAAACAAUAGUAAGAAAUGAUGGAAUGGUUUCACUUCUUUUGA